AUGGCAGACUACGCUCAAGUUCCAUCGACCGCAAAGGUCCAGCCUAAGCCCUUCAAGGUCGAAAUCGAUGCCAAUGAGAUUCAAGUUAUGAAACAUUUGCUUGCCCACUCUAAAAUUGGUCCUGCAACAUACGAGAACCAACAGACAGAUCGAAGAUUCGGUAUGAACAGAGACUGGCUCAUCAACGCAAAGAAACACUGGGAGACAACCUACGACUGGAGAAAAUGCGAACGCCACAUCAACUCAUUCCCAAACUUCACAAUCCCCAUCACCGACCCCUCAGGCUCAGACUUUACCAUCCACUUCCUCGCCCUCUUCUCAACCUCCCCCACCGCAAUCCCCCUAAUCUUCCUCCACGGCUGGCCAGGUAGCAUUCUCGAAUUCCUCUCUAUGCUUUCUUUGAUCAAAAAACGCUACCCCGACCCUUCAACACUUCCUUACCACAUCAUUGUGCCCUCACUUCCUGGCUAUGCAUUUUCCUCCUCACCACCAGUAGACAGAGACUUCAAAGCCGAGCACAUGGCCCCAGUGAUGGGUUCACUCAUGCAAGCCCUCGGUUUUGGCGACGGCUACAUCGCUCAAGGCGGCGAUUUGGGCUCCUUCAUCGCCAGACAACUAGGCGUCGAAAGCCCCUCCUGCAAAGCUUUCCAUCUGAAUCUCUAUCAGUUACCUGCUCCUGCCAACGCUGACUCCCUUCCUGUCUCUGAACAAGAGAAAAAGGGAUUGGAAAGAGGCAGAGCCUUCAGGGAUUCUGGAAGCGCUUAUGCGAUGGAACAUGGAACCAGAACCGCGACCAUUGGAUUGACGUUGAGUUCAUCGCCUUUGGCACUGUUGUCGUGGAUCGGUGAGAAGUUCUUGGAGUGGACGGAUGAGGAUCCAGAACUCGACGAGAUACUCGAUUCCGUGUCUUUGUACUGGUUGACGGAAACGUACGCUCGCUGCAUUUAUCCUUAUCGCAGUCUCUUCGGUUCUCAAUCCGGACCCUCCAGCAAACCACGCUUUGCAAAACCCUCCGGUAAACCCCAAGGCUACUCCUACUUCCCCUACGAAAUUUCUCCCACACCGGUCUCUUGGGUCAAGGAAACCGGAAACUUUGUGCACGUGAAUUCGCAUGACAAGGGAGGUCAUUUCGCUGCUAUGGAGAGACCGGAAGACUUGUGGAGUGAUGUUGAGGGAUUCGUAAAGGAGGCUUGGGGUCCUCUUGACGAGGAGGUCCAAUGA